GGAGCGAUGGGGAAGGCCCAAUGCCAGCGGAUUGGAUGCGACGCGCUCUUCUCUCCCGAUCAAAACGACGAUGAGAACGCUUUCUGCUGCCAUCCCGGCAACUGGAACUGGAUUUUUUCGAGCAGCCGCCCCUGUUUCACGACGGUGGGAAACAAUGGAGCUGCUGCAAACAGCAGAGUCACGAUUUUAGCUUGUUCUUAAGCAUUCCAGGCUGUACGCACGAAAAGCACACAUCAGAGAAACCAAAACCAGCUCCCAAGCCAAGCAAAACUUUACCACAGGGAGACACGUCAGCAACACCAAUUGCUUGAGAUGCAAACAAGGUUUCUACUGUUCAGAUCACGGCUCAAAGAUAUCGCAACUCAACGAUUAAAAACCAGCUGCGAAAGAAGCUUCGCAAUCAUCGGUGCAAGCAGCCCCGGCGGCCCUCCCCAACGUGAUUGACUUGGAUGCAAAGCGGACGUGCAGGAAUAAAGGCUGCGGAAAGGCAUUCACCGAGCGAGAGAACCAUGAAACUGCUUGCAGGAUGAUAGCUGUUUUUCACGACAGGUCGAGAGGAUUUUUUUCUUGCUAGUGGGCCUGCUGUGAUGUUCAUGUCAAGGAGUUUGACGAGUUCCUGGAGAUCUCAGGAAAAUAGCUAAAAAAAUGAAAUGCUCUUGCGGAGGAAUGCUUCGCGAUGGCUCUGACUUGAUAUUGACACUGCGCGUGAAUUGGAACAGGUGUAUACGGCGUAAAACAAGCCGUCGUUUAGUCCACUCUUUGUUGUUUCUUUUGCUCACGUUUUACCAAGUCUCGAUUGUAUUAGGUGGCUUCGGAAAGUGCUGACUUUGAAGUUUCGAUUCGAGGGCUUCUUAAACGGAGAUCGAGCAGCUUGGAUCUGGAUUCAAGAAUGGCUACGGCUUCUGAUAUCGCUUUUCCAGGACUACGUUUCAAUCCUCUGGCAGAACGACGCGGCUACCAGGUUCUAUCAAUCAACAAUCACUUGAGCGCGAGUGCGGGAUCCAGAAUUUCUACGAGAAGGCAACAGGAUUUGGCUCUGAAGCUCUACUCAUCCUUCCCGGCGGAACAAAUCUUUCGCUUCUCCUCCGCAAGGCGCUCCAAUAUCAUCGCCAGAGCGAGUAACGAUCCAGAUGGCCCAGUUUCGAAGUCCUUUUUCUCCUCGAAUAUCUUGGAUGUGUUGGCUUUUCUGAUAAGACUUCCAGCCCUCAUCCUGGGAUUUAUAAAAAAGGAGCAACAGAUUAUGGAAAUAGUGGAAGAAGGACUAGAGAAAGUGGAAGAAGUUAUCGAGGACGAGUCGAUCCCAGAAGACCGAAGAGAAGAACUCAGGGACAAGGUAAAAGGCACAACGGACUCUAUGCGUUCGGACAUCGGCACCGUCAUUGACAGCGCUGCGGAUCCAACCAAGCCGAAGACAAACGCCGGUGGAGAACCCGACGUCAAGGCCGCGGCCGACGCAGCCUCUCGAGCUGCGGAGAAAGCACAGAAGCUCAAAGACGCGGCGACGGAGCUCGAGGAGAAGCACCCAGAGAUUCUAACAGGGAGUACCACUAACGCGAUGAACAAGUCCCACCACUUUCGAGCAAUAUCGCCUUCACGCGGCAGAAGCGCCGUCACGCUCGUGCUAUUGAGUGCCAUGCUUUCGAGUUUGAUAGUCUCAAACUGGCCGGCCAUCCUCAAGCACGUGUUUGACUUCCUGCUCCACCACGGCAUAACAAUUUGAAUAUUCUGACCAAAAUUACAGAUGGUUUCUCUCUGAAGAGAAGUUUACUCCUCUAGAUGACCUACAGCAAGCAAAGUGCUAGGGAAACAAGCUUGCUAGAGAAAUCUAGUUAGUUCUGGCUGGACAGGUAAAUUGUCCUCUCAAGAGGCUGCUAUGCUUCUGCAAGAAAUAAUGUCAAAUGUUAAAUCCUGCAUUAAAAAAAGGAUAUAAUUAUAUGCA